AUGGGAUCAGAGAAGAAGGUGGAGUUAAUGUUGAUGGUGGUGAUGACCGGGACUUGCGAAAGAGACGUACUAAGAGAGUUCCCAAAGAAAGAUCGGGUUUCCUUUCUUAACGAGAUUAUUGCUGGGGACGAAUCUACUGAUGAUGAGACAGAAGUCCCAAUUCUUCAACCUGCUCCAUAUAUUAUUGUAGUUCAUGGACCUCCCAAGGUUGGAAAGUCCUUGUUGAUUAAGUCUCUUGUAAAGUAUUAUACCAAGCAUGAUGUCGCUGAUAUCACAGGCCCCAUUACGAUCGUAGCAGGUUUUGUGGAGUGUCCUAAUAAUGUCAAUGGCAUGAUUGGUGCCGCAAAGUAUGCUGACGCAGUGAUAUUCGUCAUCGAUGUUAGUUUUGGGUAUGAAAUGGAAACGCUCGAGUUUGUUAACCUUUUAAAAGUUCACGGCAUGCCCACGGUGAUGGGGGUGUUUACACAUCUUGACUGCUUUAAAAAUAAAAAAGAUAACGAUGAGAUACGGACAGCGCACUUCAAAAAAGAUUUCAGGAAUGAAAUAUAUGAAGGAGCACAAAUAUUUUGUGUAUCUGCUCCAGUUGACAAGACCUUCAUAUCGGGUAUGGAAUUCCAUCCGUUGUCAUCGCGAGCUGCACAUCCUUAUGUGCUGGUAGAUCGUUUUGAAGAUGUCACUUCUAGAUUAAGACUGGAUCAAAAUUGCAAUAGAGACAUAAUUUUUUAUGGGUAUCUCCGGGGUUGUGAUAUCAAGAAUGGAACAAAGGUGCAUAUUGCUGGCAUCCAUGAUUUCCCUUUAGCUGACGUUACAAGCGUAGGUGAAACUCCCCCUGUACUAGGUGAAACUCCCCCUGUACGAGAUGUUGAUGAUGCAGAUAAUAUAAACAAAGACGGCGUUCUUCCUCAGGAAACUCGAUUUAAGAAAGAUACUUUCAGAAUGGGGUCUUAUCUAAUGCUUAAGGUCUUCAGUGUUCCUUCUGAGAUGGUCAAUUAUCAUGAUCCCUGUCGGCCUAUUCUCAUUGGAGGUAUCAGUCCUGAAGAGAAUUUUAAUGGAAGUAUCUCGGAGAGAUUUGAGAGACACGGUCUGCAUACAAAAUCAUUGAAGGCAAGAGAUCCUAUCAUUGUUUCCGUUGGUUGGAGAAGGUACCAAACGUCACCUCUCUAUGCCCAGGAAGACUUCCGUAAAAUUCUCGAAUUCAUUCCUGAAGAUAAGCCCUGUUCUGCAACGUUUUGGGGUCCUUUUGCAACUAAUGGAACUAGAGUCGUUGCUGUACAGAGUCUGGCAGAUAACAAGGCAGCUUUUCGUAUUUUAGCAACUGGUGAAGUAAUUGGUUUUAGCCGUGCCCCUUGUUUAUCUGUGAAGACAUUGGUCGGAACUCCUUGCAAGAUCAUCAGCAAGACUGCUUUCAUCAAGGACAUGUUUACAUCAGAUUUUGAAGUUAAGGAGUAUAAAGAUGUUACAGUUAAGACUGAGAGUGGAAUUCUGGGGAAGGUUAACGAGGCUGGCACAAAGGAGUUCUUAAGUACACUGAAAUGGAAGUUUGGUCAAGAAGAAGAAGAUAGGUGGUUGAUCAAGAGACCUAAAUUAUUAUUUGUAGUGAAGGAAUAG